CAUUAAGAGUUUAUAGAGUGUGAAUUCUUAGUUUCAUUCCUUAAACCGUUCCAUCUUGUCAGUUUGAAUUCUACCUACCCUGAACACCCCACCAUGGACUCAACGCAAUUCCGCGCUGCAGCCACUGCCGCCAUCGACGACAUCGCCACCUACUAUGACACAAUUGCUGACCGCCCCGUGCUGCCUUCUGUCACGCCCGGCUACUUGCACGCACUGAUCCCAGAUGCGGCACCCGAGGAUGGCGAGUCCUGGGACACCAUCCAGGCGGAUAUCGAGCGUGUAAUCAUGCCCGGGUUGACGCACUGGCAGUCGCCCCAUUUCAUGGCCUUUUUCCCUUGUAACUCGUCGUUUCCUGCAAUGCUGGGUGACAUGUAUUCUGGUGCAUUCAAUGCCGCAGCGUUCAACUGGAUCUGCUCGCCGGCCGUUACGGAGCUGGAAACAGUGGUUAUGGAUUGGGUGGCGCGGUUGCUGGGGCUGCCGGACGCGUUCUUGAGCAAGGGCGAGGGUGGGGGCAUUAUCCAGGGCACCGCGAGUGAGGUUAUAGUCACGGCGGUGGUGGCAGCGCGCGAGCGGGUGAUACGCAGGCGGCUGGCGCACAUGCCAGAAGGUGAAGAGAAGAUGGAUGCUGCAGCCGAUCUGCGCGGCAAGAUGGUCGCGCUGGGGUCGGAGCACGCACAUUCAUCGACGCAAAAAGCUGCCAUCAUCGCUGGGACCCGGUUCCGCACUGUCCCCGCACCUGCAGAAUCGAACUACAGCGUCACCGCGGCAGCACUUCAAAACACCAUUCGAGAGUGCGAGGCCAAAGGUCUAAUCCCGUUCUACUUCACCGCCACCCUCGGCAGUACUGCAACCUGCGCUAUCGACGACCUGACCGGCAUUGCCGCACUCGCCCCCUCUCAUCCCGACCUGUGGAUCCAUGUCGACGCCGCCUAUGCCGGCUCUGCGCUCGUGCUGCCCGAAUACCAGCACCUCUGCCCUCCGAUGUCUGCCUUCUCCUCUUUCAAUGUCAACCUGCACAAAUGGUUGCUCGUAAACUUCGACUGCAGCGCCUUCUUCAUAUCGCGCCGCGCCGAUCUCAUUGACACCUUCUCUAUCACACCGUCGUAUCUGCGCAACUCGUACACUGAGUCUGGUCUCGUAACGGAUUACCGCGAUUGGCAGAUCCCGCUUGGCCGCCGUUUUCGCGCACUCAAGGUGUGGUUCGUGCUACGCUCGUAUGGCGCAAGUGGGCUGCGCGCUUUCAUCCAGUCGCAUAUCAAGCUGGGCGAGGGCUUUGCUGCUCUAGUCAAGUCCCGACCUGACCUGUUCAAGCUCACCACCGACGCUGCCUUCGGUCUGACUACAUUCCAGGUCCUACCGCAGAGUGCCCCGGACAAUGGAACGGUAGAUCAAAGCGCGUGCAACGCAGCGACGCAGCGCGUCUACGAGGCUAUCAACGCCGCGGGCGAGUUUUACAUCAGCAGUUCGGUCAUAUGCGGGACGUAUAUAAUUCGUAUUGUGAGUGCGAAUACUGCGGCCGAGGAGAAGUAUCUGACAGCGGUGUUUGAGCGGCUUGUUGACGCCGCUGAGGCGGACAGGCGGGCACUGGUAGUCGAUGAGAGCGAGGGAAAAAAGUGAGAGUGAUGCGAGUACGGAGAUUUGAGCGCCGAAGAAGGACGGAGUGAGGUGUAUAUGGACGAGAUGCAUGCAAAAAAUACAUACUAGAGACAUAUGUCAGAGGCAGGUGCUAGAGAUGCAUAUUAGAAACACGUACUAGCAAGACUAAAUACAUUUACACGUACACAUACACAUACACUU